GAAUUUACGAGAACAAUUCAAAAAAAGUUUACAAGCCCAGAACAAAUUGCUUGUCAGCUGACUAUCGAUUUUCCCAUCGAAUCAUCAACAAGUGGAAUUCAUUACCACAGCACGUGGUUGAGGCUCCAUCCGUUGACUCUUUCGAAAAAAAGUUGGAUCGAAUGAAAGACCACUGUUUCCAGGACUAACACAGGCCAUCAAGCCUCCUGUCCUUUCAAAACUGAAACUGAGGACAGAGAUAUUGGAUUUUGGAACGAAUUUCUAGGUCACAUCUGGGAGCACGUGUCAAACUUGCCCUUGAGUUACCCGCUUCAUCAUGAUUCGACCCGUAUCGAUUUCUACUGUGCUUUCGUACUAACAUUAAGAAUAAAGUCUUAUCCAAAUUAUUGGACUGCCGCUAAAUAAUUGACAAAUUUCAGGAUGAAUCGAAUACUUUUUCGGAAUUUAUUUGGAAUUCAUUCUUUUAAAAAUAUGUUUAACAAGAAGUCAACCACGAAAAUUCUCUCUGCUCAUCAUAGUUUGUGUAGAACAUAUUCUCGUACAGUACCGGAAAUCGAUAAUGAUAAAUUACCAGACGGACAAAUCCGGUAUUCAACGCACAAAAAAUGGCAUGCUGUAAUGAAUUAUGUCCCAAAGCCGAAAGAUAUACCACAUUAUCAAUAUCCAAUUAUACUUAUAUGUGCUUUGAUAGUUGGAAUAUAUUUUGCCCUCAUCCAUACAAGAUGUGAUCUAGAUGAUAUAUUAGAUGAGAACUUUAAAGAAUUUGAGAAAAUUAAAUUCAACAAAAAAUAGUUGUACAAAGAAUCUAACGUUAUCAGUCUCUGUAGUCCCACGUUUACUGUCAUUUUUGAAAAAUAUGAAUAUCACCAAUUUAUU